AUGCGCACAUGCACACAGAACAAAUCUACCUAUUCGUUCUUUUUAUUUCCUUUCGCAUACUUCUAUCUUUAUUUUUGCUGCUUUUUCUUCUUUUUCCUUCUUUUUUUCGUUUUUUGUUUAUAUUCAUUCACUCAUUUUUUUCUUUCUUUCGUAUCGAUUAUUCUUUCUUUAUUCUCAACUUUCUUUCUAUUCACUUUCACCUUUUCUUUUUCUCUACAUUGUUUAUUUUUUCUUACUUUCUUACCGCUUUCUUUAUUUAUUCUAGAACUUUCUUUCUUAUUACUUCUUUUCAUUCUCCCCACUUCACAUAAGCCGUACAUUAUUACUUUGGUGAAACAAUUGUGUAUAAAUCAUUUGUCUUUCUUUCAUUCUUUAUUCACAACUUUCUUUAUUUUUUCACUUUCACAUUUUCUUUUUUAUCUACUUUGUUUCUUUCUUUCUUAUUGCUUUCUUUUUUUCGCAUCGCUUUUCUUUCUUUCUUUGUUCCUUUCAUUCUUUCUUUCUUUCUUUCUUUCUUUCUUUCUUUCUUUCUUUUUUAUUUCUUUCUUUCUUUCUUUCUUUCUUUCUUUCUUUCUUUCUACCCUCACAUAA